UACCAGUUGCCCAAGAAAACCCCCGAUUGCUUUGUUUUGUUUGCACUAUCACCAUCAUCACCGACCUUCUCUUUUGUCCUUAUUGUCUCCUCUUUUUCUUUUUCUUUUUUUUGUUUCUGCUAUAGACACACAAAUACACAUUGUCACUGACCGUAGUAGCUGUUAUUGGUGACGAAGAGAUGCUUACGAUUAAGAGGGUUGCGACGGUCCUUUCCAACUACCAGGAGGAGAAUCCUCAGACUUCAACAGUUGGUUGCGGCCGGAAUUGCCUUGGAAAAUGCUGCUUACCAUCAUCAAAGUUACCACUGUAUGCGUUCAAGAAUGAUGGCAAGGAUUCGACAAAUAAUGGGACUGAAAAUUUGAUGGAGAGGCAGAAGCUCACAUCAUUCCUGCACAAUUUGUUGCUGGGACAAUGGGAGGACCGAAGGAGCAGAGGCCUUUUCCUCUAUGAUGUAACAGCAUGUGACUCAAAGAUUAUUUCUGGAAAAUAUGGUUUUAUCGCUCAACUGAAUGAGGGAAGGCACCUCAAGAAACGACCCACUGAGUUCAGGGUCGACCAGGUCCUUCAGCCCUUUGAUGACAGCAAGUUCAAUUUCACCAAAGUUGGGCAAGAGGAAGUACUUUUCAGAUUUGAGCGAAGCAAUGACCGAGAGAGCCAUUUCUACCCCUGCAUGCCUGUCACCGCCGAUUCAAGCUCACCUAACGUUGUUGCCAUCAAUGUGAGCCCGAUUGAGUAUGGACACGUUCUUCUCAUACCUCGAGUUUCAGAAUGCUUGCAUCAGAGGAUUGAUCACGAGAGCUUCCUACUUGCACUUACCAUGGCCAGAGAAGCGGCAGAUCCUUUCUUUAGGUUAGGUUACAACAGCUUUGGUGCUUUCGCCACUAUUAAUCACCUCCAUUUCCAGGCAUAUUAUUUAGCAGUUCGCUUCCCGGUUGAGAAAGCACCAACACAAAUAAUAACGAGGAUGGCAGGACAAGGACAGCAAGAUAGAGGUGUGAUUGUUUCUAAUCUAUUGGACUACCCUGUACGUGGUCUUGUUUUCGAGGGUGAGGGUGAGAAUACGACGAGGGAUUUAUCAAAUGCCGUUGCUAGUUCUUGCAUUUCCCUACAGAACAACAACAUACCCUUCAACGUCCUCAUCUCUGAUUGCGGGAACCGAAUAUUUUUGUUUCCUCAGUGUUAUUCGGAGAAACAGGCGCUGGGAGAAGUAAACCAGGAGAUUCUAGAUACUCACGUUAACCCCGCAGUUUGGGAGAUAAGUGGACAUAUAGUUCUAAAGCAGAAGAAGAAUUACGACGAUGCAUCAGAAGCAUAUGCAUGGCGACUUCUUGCUGAAGCUUCUUUGUCGGAAACCAGGUUUCGAGAGGUUAAGGCUCUUAUCUUGGAAGCAUUGAGGUUGGAGGAGGUUGAUACGGAGGAGACCAGCAGAAGUGAGGAUGAAGAAAUCAUCUGUAAAGAACCUUAUUUUGAAUCUGCUCAGCAUCUGCCUCAAGAUUGUAUGAUUUUGCUGUAACAGAAAAUGUCUUACAGUUUUCUUUUCCCGGAUGAACGAAACAACAGAAAUCCAUUCACAUUUAGGUUACACAUCAUUGGAUUUUCUAUCAGAGCAACCCUGAGAAUCCAUGAAGAUUGUUUGUAGGUAUUAAUGGGAUCUUAAAUAUAUAAGCUCCGUUUGAUACGUUAGCUGUUAAGCUCUGAAAAAUUAUGAGGUGUUUGGUAGAGCGGUUAACUAUUAUUAGUGGUUAAAUUGUCUAAAAUAUAUUUUCUUUGUAUUUUUUAAAUAUUAAUUAUUUUAUUUCAUUAUAAUAUAAAUUAUUAGUAUGAAUUUUACA